CAGACGCUUUUUGACUUCCGGAAGUGCGUGGCUUUGAGGAAAAAUGGCGUUCAGAGAAACGCGUUCGUCAUUUGCAGCUAUAGAUCCAACGUGCUGUCUUAGCGUUUUGUAUUUUUCUAUUUUGAUUGCUUUCGCAGACUUUACAAACAGCCAGGAUGUGUUUAGUGCGCGCAACACAGUUACUGUACCCAUCGCCGCCGCUAGGGACCUACGAUACCUUCUCUACGACGUGAACCCUCCAGAGGGUUUCAACCUGCGGCGAGACGUUUAUAUCCGCAUAGCAUCCCUGGUAAAAUCACUGAGGAAGAAUGGUGAUGACUGGGUCCUCGUGCUUCCCCCCUGGGGUCGCUUGUAUCACUGGCAGAGCCCCGACCUCCAUCAGGUACGCAUCCCUUGGGGAGAGUUCUUCAGCCUCACCAGCCUACAGGCCAACGUUCCUGUGAUCGAGUAUGAGGAAUUCAUUGCCGAAAAUGGAGGUCCAUUCAUUGAUCAGGUUGUGGUCCUGCAAAAUUACGCAGAAGGAUGGACUGAUGGGAAAUGGGAGGAAAAGGUUGACGAGCGGCCAUGCAUUGAGAAAUCGAUGUAUACCAAAGAUAAACAGGGCUACUACAGGGGUUGGUUUUGGGGAUUCGAAGAGACGAGAGCACGAAACAUCACUUGUCUGUCAGCGCAAGGUCAUGCCUCCAUCAUGGUCCCGGUUCUUCAGAAAAACAUUACCGUGACCUCAGUAAUGCUCGAUCGAGCAGAGACACUUCUCCACGAUCACUACGCUGGGAAGGAUUACUGGAAUACGCGCCGCAGUAUGGUGUUUGCCAAGCACCUGCGCCUCAUUGGAGAUGAAUUCAGGGCGAGGUACCUCAACUCGACAGAUGAUGGCGACAACACCGUUUACAACGAAGACUGGACUCGCAUGAAGGCCAAGCUCGGUUCUGCCAAAGGGGGUCCGUACCUUGGGGUCCACCUGCGGCGAAAGGAUUUCAUCUGGGGUCACCGAGAGGACGUACCCAGCCUGAAGGCGGCGGUUAAAAAAAUACGGAGCCUGAUGAAGAAGCACAAACUGGAUAACGUCUUUGUUGCAACUGAUGCGGACGAGGAAGAAUUGAAGGAGCUAAAGAGGCUGUUGCCUGAGAUGGUGCGAUUUGAACCAUCCACAGAAGACCUGGAGCUUUUGAAAGAUGGCGGCGUGGCAAUCAUUGAUCAGUGGAUUUGUGCCCAUGCAAGAUUCUUCAUUGGAACGUCGGUGUCGACUUUUUCCUUCCGCAUCCACGAAGAACGUGAAAUACUUGGUUUUCAUCCCAAAAACACGUAUAACCGUUUCUGCGGGGACACCGAGAAAGAGUGUGAGCAACCUACACACUGGAAAAUUGUUUACUGAUGUCCCCUUUGAAUUCUCCUGCGAUACAAAAGUGCCAAAAGGAGUGUCGAUUCACGACACGGUGCAGUAUUUCAAAUGCUAACGGGUAUUAUCGGUAAUCUGACGCCAAGGAGUUCUGCAGCUCUGGAGCCACACGACGAACAGACUUCAACGCCAAACUUGUAUUAUUAUCAGUUGUAUUAUUUGCAUCUUAAAAUGUGAGAAAAUUGAUUUUACCCACUGUGGCAUUUUCCAUGUUAUUUAUUUCUCAUACCAUCGGCAUGAAUGGAAAAAAAAUAUUCAUAUGACUUUGACAUGUGUGUGGCUUGAUUGGGAGUUUCUUUUUUUUUUUAAAGAUUUGCGUCAUUGUUUUUAAGCAUGCGGAAAUUGAUGUUCUGAAUGUUUUAGUGGUAACCACAUUAAUUAAAUUUCAAUUAAUUUCAAUUAACACUUGAGGGAAACAUGUUGUUGUGCCUCAUUCUUGCGCAAUCGCCUGUCAUGGGAUUUCCAAUAUUACAGAAGCACAAAAUGUCAGAAAUAGAAUCUGUUACAUGGAUAGGGCAAUAAUGUGAGCAUAAUGCACUACAAGUGAAAAAGAUUUAGAGUGUUGUUUUACCCUUUUCAUGACUUUUUUUCCUCCAUCAAAAACCUAUUGAAAACGUUUUUUCAUUCUUCAGGUGCUUUAAACCUCUUGAGUACACUUUUUUUUUAAAUUGCCCAAUUGAGGAGGUUUUUUUUUCUGUUAUUUUCUCGGGGGGGGGGGGUGUUGCUAAAGAUUCUAAUGUGCUGAGAAUGAUCACUGGUUGAUUUUGGGAAAGUAGAGUCAAAAAUAUUCUUUACAGUAAUAUGUCCUCUGCGAGCCCCUCCUCCUUUGCGAUUGAUGUUGAAUUUGUGGAAUGUGAAUUAAGCAGUAAAAUCUA